AGAACUCAGAACUCUCUUACCCAAGCUGUUGUGUUCCCUAGGGACCAUUUACCCUUUCUAAGAUUCGCUUGCGCAUGUCCAUGUCCAUCUCUACUCAUCUCUAUGUCAAGGUGGGUAAAGUACUGUUUCCCGCCAAAACAAAGGUGCUUGCUUCUUCCCACCUCUACGUUGUCCUUAUUAGCGUGCCCUCCUUUGCCGCCGCAUUCUAAGCAAAGAGACAGAACCCAAAGAGAUGAGGGGUACAUCCAAAGUGAUAAUGGGUGCAACCUUGGUUAUGGUUGUUAUCCUCGCCGUUGUGCUUGCCCUUAUACUUGUCCUCCUUGCUGAGCUCUAUUGUUCUCUCUUACUCCGCCGACGCCACCACAGAAAAACCGACUCCAACGCCAUCCCCAUCGCCGCCACCCAAACAACCACCACCACAGACAAUGCUGCUUCAGCUUCACACCCACAACACCAUCUUCCUCCACCACCUCCGCCUCCGCCUCCAGCUCCUCAUUUCAGGAGCAUUUAUGCUCAGGGAGUUCUCCAAGCCCCAAGUAGCUUCCUUUUACCCGCAGUUGUUGUUGGUUGCGAUGAUCAAGACAUAGUUGGACCAAAGAAGCUUCAUUCUGUGCUUCAAAUCCAAACCCAAGAACCCAAUGCGAGCCCUCCUCAAGUUGGAGCUCUCUCUUCAUCUUCUUCAUUCAUAUCGAAACCACCACAAAAGGCAAACCAAGAAGACCCACUUGAAGGUGGGGAACACCACCUUGUGUACAUUUCAAAUCCCAUUUAUGAGACAAGCGGGGCAGAUACCCCAUUUGAGACACCAGAGAGCUCACCGUCGCAUUUAGAGAGAAAUGGAACCGGUUCUUCUGAGGAAGACGAAGAAGCAGCUCCUCCAUAUACACCACCUUUGACCCCAAUGAAGAAGCUCCCUCCUGCUGAGGCUGGGUCUGCUUCUGUAUCUCUAUCUCUGAGAGAUGCAAGGUCAUUGGACACUUCAGGCAGCGAUUCUCGCAGCAUCAACAAUGAUCCCUCUUCGUCAUCCUCCGCUUCCCCUUGCACUUCCCCAUCUUGGUAAUCAACUCUCCUCCAUCAAUGCCGUAGAAAGCUUCAUUCUCUUUUUAAUUUUGUGAAUGUAUGUAUAUUAAUUAAUGUUAUUAGUGAGCACUGAGCAGGCAGGCAGGGUCUUUUGUCCUAAUUAGCGAGUGAGAGAAGAAGCUACGAGUAAUUUUGUUUCAUAACUGCCACUCAUGGCGUCUCUCUCUCUCUCUCUCUCUCUCUCACUCUCAGCUUCUUUUUUGUUAGCCUUUGAUUGAUUGCUUUCUUGCUUCUUACCAUUGGAAAUGGACGGUUUGUUGCUUUCCCAUUA